AUUGAGUCUGGUACCAGUGGGAAGACUAAGGUUGGAAUUAAUGGUUUUGGAAGAAUUGGGAGGCUGGUAUUGAGAAUAGCAACAUUUAGAGAUGAUAUCGAGGUUGUUGCGGUCAACGACCCUUUUAUUGAUUCCAAGUACAUGGCUUACAUGUUGAAGUAUGAUUCUACACAUGGCCCAUUUAAAGGAACCAUCUGGGUUGUUAAUGAAUCCACUUUGGAAAUCAAUGGGAAGCAUAUUAAAGUUACUAGCCAAAUAGACCCUGUAACCAUCCCUUGGGGUGAUUUUGGAGCUGACUAUGUUGUAGAGUCUUCUGGCGUUUUUACAACUCUUGAUAAGGCUUCAGCAUACAAGAAGGAAGCUUCUUUCGAAGCAGGCUUCUUUCGAAGCAGACUUCUUUCGAAGCAGGCUUCUAGUGGUUGUGCGUACAUGGAUAGGAGAAAUCUGGCGUACUUUCACAAACUCGCCAACACCUCUCCUACUCCAUCAUUUCAAGCAUGUCAACUACCACAAGCAGGGUUUCCUCUAACAAUGAUUCCAGUAAACAGUGUGUUUUUGUGUGUUCUACUGAUUACAAGCUGGAGUAAAUGA